GCUCUCGGAAGGGCGGACGCGCGGGCGUCUGUGGCCCUCGCCGUCCCAGUGGCCGCCGCCGUGGCUUGGUCGCCGUCGGUCUGCGGGAGGCGGGUUAUGGCGGCGGCGGCAGUGGGAGCUGUGAAUGAAUUCUCCGGGUGGACGAGGGAAGAAGAAAGGCUCCGGCGGCUGCAGCAGCCCGGUGCCUCCCAGGCCUCCGCCCCCCUGCCUGGCCCCCGCCCGUCCCGCCCCCAGACCGGCCCCCCCUCCGGAGUCGCUGCAUAAGCGAAACCUGUACUACUUCUCCUACCCGCUGUUCGUAGGCUUCGCGCUGCUGCGUUUGGUCGCCUUCCACCUGGGGCUCCUCUUCGUGUGGCUCUGCCAGCGCUUCUCCCGCGCCCUCAUGGCUGCCAAGAGGAGCUCCCGGGCCGCGCCGGCGCCGGCCUCGGCCUCGCCCCCGGCGCCAGUGCCGGGCGGGGAGGCCGAGAGCGUCCGAGCCUUCCACAAACAGGCCUUCGAGUACAUCUCCAUUGCCCUGCGCAUCGAUGAGGACGAGAAAGCAGGACAAAAGGAGCAAGCUGUGGAAUGGUAUAAGAAAGGUAUUGAAGAACUAGAGAAAGGAAUAGCUGUCAUAGUUACAGGACAAGGUGAACAGUGUGAAAGAGCUAGACGCCUUCAAGCUAAAAUGAUGACUAAUUUGGUUAUGGCCAAGGACCGUUUACAACUUCUAGAGAAGCUGCAACCAGUUUUGCAAUUUUCCAAGUCACAAACGGAUGUCUAUAAUGACAGUACUAACUUGACAUGCCGCAACGGACAUCUCCAGUCAGAAAGUGGAGCUGUUCCAAAAAGAAAAGAUCCCUUAACACACACUAGUAAUUCACUUCCUCGUUCGAAAACUGUUAUGAAGACUGGAUCCACAGGUCUGUCAGGCCACCACAGAGCACCUAGUUGUAGUGGCUUAUCCAUGGUUUCUGGAGUGAGACAGGGACCUGGUCCUACAGCUGGAACUCAUAAGAGUACACCAAAAACAAAUAGAACAAAUAAACCUUCUACCCCUACAACUGCUGCUCGUAAAAAGAAAGACUUGAAGAACUUUAGGAAUGUGGACAGCAACCUUGCUAAUCUUAUAAUGAACGAAAUUGUAGACAAUGGAACAGCUGUUAAAUUUGAUGAUAUAGCUGGGCAAGAGUUGGCUAAACAAGCCUUGCAAGAAAUUGUUAUUCUUCCUUCUCUGAGGCCUGAGUUGUUCACAGGGCUUAGGGCUCCUGCCAGAGGAUUGUUACUGUUUGGUCCACCUGGAAAUGGGAAGACAAUGCUGGCUAAAGCAGUAGCUGCAGAAUCCAAUGCAACCUUCUUUAAUAUAAGUGCUGCAAGUUUAACUUCAAAAUAUGUGGGAGAAGGAGAGAAAUUGGUGAGAGCUCUUUUUGCUGUGGCUCGAGAACUUCAGCCUUCCAUAAUUUUUAUAGAUGAAGUUGAUAGCCUUCUGUGUGAAAGAAGAGAAGGAGAACAUGAUGCUAGUAGACGUCUAAAAACUGAAUUUCUAAUAGAAUUUGAUGGUGUACAAUCUGCUGGAGAUGACAGAGUGCUUGUAAUGGGUGCAACUAACAGGCCACAAGAGCUGGAUGAGGCUGUUCUCAGGCGUUUCAUCAAACGGGUAUAUGUGUCUUUGCCAAAUGAGGAGACACGACUACUUUUACUUAAAAAUCUAUUAUGUAAACAAGGAAGCCCAUUGACCCAAAAAGAACUAGCACAACUUGCUAGAAUGACUGAUGGAUAUUCGGGAAGUGAUCUAACAGCUUUGGCAAAAGAUGCAGCGCUGGGUCCUAUCCGAGAACUGAAACCCGAACAAGUGAAGAAUAUGUCUGCCAGUGAGAUGAGAAAUAUUCGAUUAUCUGACUUCACUGAAUCCUUGAAAAAGAUAAAACGCAGCGUGAGCCCUCAAACCUUAGAAGCAUACAUACGUUGGAACAAGGACUUUGGCGAUACCACUGUUUAAGGAAAGACCUUUGUAAGCCUGCAGAACACUUUGCUUUUGAAGAAAGAAACAUGCCAUGUUAAUUGAAUAGUUAUCAGCUACAGAAAUUGAGCCUAAGUUUACAGGACUUUUCAGAGUCUUAUAAUUACUUGUGCACUCCAACAGAUGCACCAUAAAACAAAAUUUAAAUAAAAUAUACAGUGCAAAUGGAGUGUUUUGUCGAAGGCCUGUUCAUCGUUAUCCCAAUGGGCGCUGUAAGUUAGAGCACAACAAAAACUGAUUCUGGUCUUCUUUACCAAUAUAAUCAUGAUGUAAAUAAUAAUUUGUAUAUUGUGUUGCAGAUGAAAGUAUUCCAGAGACAGUGAAUGGUAGAAGACACAAGCGCCUUUGGUUGUUUGUCUUCUGAUGUCUUUUCUUAAAAUAGUAAUUUUUUCUAUUUUCCUUUCCUACUGUUGUCUUUACUACAGCUGAUUAGAAUGCCAAACACUAUAAGUUCCUUUUUGUUCUUUUCUUUUAUAAGUCCAUUGUGCCAAAUGAAACUUCUUCCUAUGUAACAGUAAUAGGAAAAAGUAUUUUGAAGGUUUUUCUUUUUCAUAAAUCUACACAUUAAACAUUGUGUUUCACUUUUCAUUUUUCUAUUACCUUGUUACCAAUUUAGAAAAGAAUUUGUUGAUAGCAUCAAAGCAAAUCUAGUAAAAUAGAAAAAGAGAUGGUUAGAAGGUUUGAGUCAUUCUGUCAUUACAACAUGUAGAUCAGUCCUCGUGUGACCUGAAGGUAUCUUUUUCUAAUAUAUCUGUCAGAAAUCUAUUGUAGACUGUUAAUUUGUUCCUAAUGGAGUUUAUUUUCUGCUAGAAUUAUUCUAAUAUUUAAGAAGGCCAAGUUUAACUGCUGUAAAAGUGGUUCCUGUGUGAAAGAAGGGAAGAACUGAGAGCUAAGACAUUUCUAAUUUAUUGCUUAUUGCUUUCUUACUGUUUACAGGAUAAUUAUAAGCCAAUGGAUCUACCAUCUUUUAUUCUUAAUAAUUAUUAAUCCCCUCAAUGAACCUUUAAAAAAAAUUAAUGAAUUUUUAUACAUUGCAUACAUUUUAUAGGUUUCUUGUGCUCACUUUGUUAACGAAAAAGUUAGUCUGUUAAUCUGUCUCUUGUUCCCCAAGAAUGUACAGUAAUGCUGUUUCUCGUUUGUAUAAGUAUGCCUGAGUUUUAUUAUUAAACUGUCAUUGUAGGAGGUAGAGACUCAUAUCAUGGCUUUUUAAAUAUUGUAAUAAAGGCAAAUGGAUAUUUGCCCUUAGUUUACUGUUUAAAAGUUUGUUUACAGAAAUUUUCUUUGGUGCUUUUAUGUAAAAUGUCAUGGACGGAAAGAAUAAUUUCAUAGUAGUAACAAAGAUUUUUUCAUUUAGGAAAAAUAUCUUUGGUUUUGAGAGAAUACAUUAAAAUUAAAAACUUGCCCCAUCUAGAUAAGAAUUUUAUAAUGAAGACAUACAUUCUUCUUAAUUUAAUUUUGUUCCUGUUAAAGAUUUACCUACAUAUAGAAGAUGUAUGGUUUAAGGUAAUGUGCUAUUUGUAGCUAUAAUUUAAAUGUCUCCUCUAAUCAUGACCUUAGAACUCCCUGGAUAACAGAAGUGAGGGCUGAAAUAAAUAGGGAAAAACAAAACAAACAAAAAAAAACUAAGCAGAACCAUGCCCAUUUUCAGUCAUAUGUUAUAUCUUUUUAAGAUCUCAAAUAUUAAAGCAUCAAUUAUAAAAUACUGAUAAUGAAAGAUGAUGCAGUAUUCAUGAUGACAAGAAUUAGGAAUAUCCAAAGUUAAAACAUUCUCAAUAAAGUUCAUAAAAUUUCACUUUGUAUUUUCAUUUAGAAAAGGAUUAACAUUGUUGAUACUUGAAUAACAGUCGGUUAUACUAAAUGUCUGUGCUUCAUGUUCAACUUUUAAAAUGUAAUCUUUAAAUUUAUCAUGAUUCUGUCUGCACUAAUGUAGCUCACUAUUUUUAUUGGAAUAGUUUUUAGAUCACAAAGAUAUCAAAUAUUAAAAGUCAAGCUAAUAUUGUCAUAAACACUGAGUCAGAAUUAUAUUACUGUAUGAAUAACAAUUCAUACAGUAUAGAAGUUAUUUCACUUCCCUGACCAAAGUCUGAAGUUGAACUUAGUGCUAGUGAACUAUUUUCUAUGACUGACUUUUUACUUUAUUUUAUUUUUAGUUUAAGCUGGGCUUUUUUUCCUCCUCAUAAAAUGACUAUGAAAAUAAGAUGAUGAUACAGUAGGAGGUGAAAGGGAUUGGUCUGGUAUUUUUCAAUAAAGGUAGAAGUUGCCGAGGGUUUCUGAAUUGUUAGACUUAGGUUGUGACCUUUUAGAUUCUACAUUGAGCUUCCUGUCAUUAAUUUCUUAGAAGAUAAUGCCUAAACAUGAAAGAUUAGUGUGCUCAUGUUAAUAUGGCAGUGUUUUGUAAACUAUAUUAAAACUUGUUAUACUGGACUUUGAGACAAGGGAAGUCAAUACUAUCUUUCCCGGUUAUCUUAACAGUAGGAGUUUAUUCUAAGUCUGCCAUUGAGGUUAUAAGAUUUCUCACUAUGCUUUGUGCUUAGGAAGAAGUGGAGGAAAAACAGAUACUAGAAUUACAAUUUAAGUAAAUAAACAGCAGUCUUUAUGUAUAGAGUAAAAUUCUUUAUAUUUUGUACAAAAAUUAAUUCUUUUGGUAGAAUGAACCAUCUACAGUUUGGCUUUGGACUCAAGUCAAAGUAUUUUCCUUGAAAUGCUUAUCUCAUCUUUUAAUCUGGUCUUUUGUAUCUUAUUUCAGAAAAAAAAAUGAACUAAAAAGUUUAGCUGCAUAAAGUAGGUUUUAUCCUAAUGGCUUGGAAAUAAAUUAUAAAUUUUA